CCGCCAUGGCCCUGUAGGCGCAAACUCCCCCUGCGUGCCCCCGGCCCAACGCUGCGCUCACCGCGUCUGCGCUCCUCUACUACCGCCUUUCCCCUUCAGCCGAGGCCGCCGCCGCCUCUCCUUUGCGUAGCCAUGGAGUCCUCCACUCACGCCUUGGUGUCUCUCUACACCCCACUGAGCAACUUGCCGAGUGUCUUUUCCACUGUUGGUGUCACCCGACGCCUCUGUGACCAUCCAGGCCCAGCAUCUGACCUGCAGCCAUGUCUCUCCUGGCAACCCUGGGGCUGGAGCUGGACAGGGCCCUGCUCCCAGCUAGCGGGCUGGGCUGGCUCGUAGACUAUGGGAAACUCCCCCUGGCCCCUGCCCCCCUGGCUCCCUAUGAGGUCCUCGGGGGAGCCCUGGAGGGCGGGCUUCCAGGGGGGGGAGAGCCCCUGCCAGGUGACGGCUUCUCUGACUGGAUGACUGAGCGGGUUGACUUCACAGCCCUCCUCCCUCUGGAGUCCCCCUUGCCCCCAGGCCCCCUGCCCCCCCAAUCCCCACCACCCCCUGACCUGGAAGCCAUGGCCUCCCUUCUUAAGAAGGAGCUGGAGCAGAUGGAAGACUUGUUUCUCGAUGCCCCCCUGCUCCCACCCUCCUCUCCGCCACCCCCAGUCCCCGCCCUGCCCCUUCCGCUCCCUCUGCCCACCUUUGACCUCCCACAGCCUCCAGCCCUGGACACCCUUGACCUCUUGGCCAUCUACUGCCGCGGUGAGGCUGGCCAAGGGGAGCCAGGGCUGGCACCCCUGCCCCCGCAACAGUCCCCUCCACCCCCACCACCCCAGCCCUCCCGCCCAGUCCCCUACCCACAUCCCGCCACCAUCCGAGGGGACCGGAAGCAAAAGAAGAGGGACCAGAACAAGUCGGCGGCUCUGAGGUACCGCCAGAGGAAGAGGGCAGAGGGCGAGGCCCUGGAGGGCGAGUGCCAGGGCCUGGAGGCCCGGAACCGGGAGCUGAGGGAGCGGGCCGAGUCAGUGGAGCGGGAGAUUCAGUAUGUGAAGGAUCUGCUCAUCGAGGUUUACAAGGCCCGGAGCCAGAGGGGCCGCAGCAGUUAGGAGUGCGGGCCACUGUAGCCCUGCCCCCGCCACGCUCCUCCCCUGCCCUCAGCCCUGGUCCUGACUCCCUCCGAAGAACCAUCACUAUCUCCUCUGACCAUCUCCUCCCUACACCCCUUCACCACCAUCUCCUCCCUAUACCCUCCACCACCAUCUCCUCCCUACACCCCUCCACUCACACAGGGCUGAGGAAUAGGCGGGCAGGAAGGAAUUUGGAAACACAGGUGAGGUCAGGGGCAAGAGGCCAGGGGGCUACCCAAGAGGAGCAGGGGAGGAGGGUGAGCUGAAGUCAGGGAGGAGUGAGAGAAGAACAGGACCUUACAAUAGGAGAGGAACAAGCCAGGUGACGGGGACCAGCGGUGGGGUGGGGUG